UUCUCGCUCUUGUCUCGUGCUGAUUCAAACCGUUGCGCCUUAAAAGUCUGCAACGCUGUCCACGGACUGCUCAGCUCAACUACUAUUCUUCCACGACGUUCACGAUGGGUUUCUUUGAACUGCGGGGGCGCGCCCUCGUUGCCAUGAUCCUUAUCACUUCGGGACUUGAUUUCCUUCUAUUCGGGUACGAUCAGGGUCUCUUUGGAGGCAUUCUCGCAGGCUCGCGAUUCCAGGACAUGCUGGGACGCCCGAAUUCCACCAUGACCGGCCUUGUGACCGCUGUCUAUGACAUUGGGUGUGCCAUAGGUGCGGUCGCUGCGUUUGUUUUUGGAGAGCGCAUCGGGCGGAAGAAGUCUAUUAUCGCGGCUAACGUGAUUGUCAUUAUUGGGGCUGCGAUUCAGACUGCGUCUUAUUCCUACGCUCAGAUGGUGGUGGCCCGCAUCAUAGCCGGCGUGGGCGUUGGGCUUUCGACCGUUGCCGUGCCGAUUUUGCAGUCGGAGACUCUGCAGGCGCAUAACAGAGGCGCGCUCCUGGUCGUUCAGUCUGCGCUCAUCAUCAUCGGUGUUGCGAUUGCGUCCUGGCUGUGCUUUGCUACGCUGCAUGCGGAGAGCUCCUUGCAGUGGCGGUUUCCUGUUGCUUGCCAGUGCUUGUUCUCGCUCAUCAUUCUGGCCUUCUGCCCUUUCCUGCCUGAGACCCCUCGUUGGCUGGCCUCGAGGGGGCAGAAUGAUAAGGCUCGUGAGGUCAUCUCUCGCCUCCUCGACAAGCCCACGGACGACGCAGAAGUUGAAGGCCAACUCAACGAGAUCCUUGACGCCAUUGCUGCCGAAAGCACAGAAGGAGAGCCGACAUGGUCAGAGGUCUUCACGAACGGCACCAAGACCCGCAACCUCCACCGUGUCCUGCUCGGCAUGGGUCCCUACAUGAUGAAUCAAUGGAGCGGCAUCAACGCCCUCUGCUACUACCUCGCCUACAUCCUGCAAGAAUACCUGCACUACUCGCAAAGCAUGGCCCUCAUCCUCGCCGGCGUCGCCUUCACCCAAUACGCCAUCUUCUCCUGGCCGCCCUAUUUCUACAUCGACCGCAUCGGCCGCCGCUGGUCCGUCAUGGCCUCCUCGACCGCCUGCGCCGUCUGCAUGGCCCUGCUCGCCGGCUGCCUCGCCGCAAAGACCUACGCCGCCGCCGCCGCCGGCGUCGCCUUCAUGUUCAUCUACCUCGACUGCUUCACCCUCGGCAUCCUGCCCGUGUCCUGGUCCUACUCCGCCGAGAUCCAGCCGCUGCGCGUCCGCAACAAGGCCACCGCCGUCGGCGUCUUCAGCCACUGGAUGAGCAACUUUGUCGUCGUCAUGGUCACCCCGAUCGGCCUCGAGAGCAUCGGCGGCCAUUACUUCUGGAUCUGGGCCGUUGUCUGUGCGAGCUUUGUGCCGUUGACGUACUUCUUUGGCGUCGAGACGUCCGGGCGCACGUUGGAGCAGAUUGAUCAGAUGUUCUUUGAGAAUCCGAGGGUGUGCAUGGGCUUGAAUGCCGAGAACCGGACUGUCAUUCGGUCGAGCAGGAUAGAUGAGGAGACGAGGGCGAAGGCGUUUGCGAAGUUGGGACAGAAGGAGGAAGAGAUCGUGGACCUUGAAAAGGUGGCUACUUAGAACAUGUCCUUUGAGACAUGAUAGAUAUUAGACUGCGAACGAGCCAUCCUACGGAGGAUACAGCUGGCCACACGCCGAGGGCCGCGAUUUAAGACUAGAUAAUUUCUAAGAUUAAACAUAUAGAACAAGGUUAGAGUGCUACUUUAGGUAGCGCCUAGAGAUUGGAGGUACACAGGAAUACUCAUAGCAAUCUCCAUUGCUUUGAACCAAGUCUAUAUUGGAGGCUAUCUACGGUACAGAUAGCUAGAAAGGCAUUCCGAGUCAUGAUAUUUCGAAUAUAUAUGCUUUUCAUUCGUGGCUUCUCACUUCACGAGGGUCAAGCCCUGUCAUAACUACUCGAUAAGCUCUCAUUCAAGUCAACUUGGCCUUGAAGGCGUUGAUGAGGCUAUUGGUGCUUGCGUCGUGGCUAGUAGAUUCGCUAGACUCAUCUAGCUCGGUGAGGAUCUUCUCUGUAAGAAAUUGUUAGUAUUGAAA